AUGUGUGACCUGGAGUUUGGUGGCGUCAAGGUGAAGGAGCCCGGCCAGGGGGGCAGGUGGCGUGGGUGCUGGUACGAGCUGUUCGUGCAGCCCUGCCUGGUCGAAAUGCUGGGCUCUGCCCUGUUCAUCUUCAUCGGCUGCCUGUCGGUCAUCGAGAACGGGCCGGACACCGGGCGUCUGCAGCCGGCGCUGGCCCACGGGCUGGCCCUGGGCUUGGUCAUUGCCACGCUGGGGAACAUCAGGCUAGGAACGGGGCUGCGCUCCCCUCCCAGGCUGUCCCCCAUCUCCUCCCCCCACCCACCCAGCACCUCAGGGAGAGCGGGUGUGGUUUGGUGCCUGUUUUCUACUUGGGAUGCCCUUGACGGACUCAGGCCCUGCAAGGCCAGCCGGGGAGGGGGUGUUGGGACCCAGUCCCUGGGCCUCAGCCUCACGACUGCUUCUGCUUCUAUGGAUGACAGCGGUGGACACUUCAACCCUGCGGUGUCCCUGGCCGCCAUGCUGGUCGGAGGCCUGAACCUGGUGAUGCUCCUUCCCUACUGGGUCUCCCAGCUGUGCGGGGGGAUGAUCGGGGCCGCCCUGGCCAAGGCGGUGAGUCCCCACGAGAGGUUCUGGAAUGCGUCUGGGGCGGCCUUCGUAACAGUCCAGGAGCCAGGGCAGGUGGCGGGGGCAGUGGUGGCGGAGAUCAUCCUGACGACACUGCUGGUACUGGCUGUAUGCAUGGGUGCCAUCAACGAGAAGACACAGGGUCCCCUGGCCCCAUUCUGCAUCGGCUUCUCUGUCACCGUGGACAUCCUGGCAGGGGGUGCUGUGUCUGGAGCCUGCAUGAAUCCUGCCCGUGCCUUCGGACCUGCCGUAGUGGCCAACCGCUGGGACUUCCACUGGAUCUACUGGCUGGGCCCGCUCCUGGCCAGCCUGCUUGUAGGUGUGCUCAUCAGCUCCCUUCUCGUGAGCCUCAAGGAUCCUAGGGUCCUGUCCUUUCUGCUCCAGGCCGUUCAGGGAUACAAGUUCGUCAUUGGAGAUGAGAAAACCCGCCUAAUCCUAAAGGGACGGUGA